AUUUAUACUGAUAACCAAAAAUUUUUAAGAAUUCUAAUGCCAGAGGUCAUAUCAUUCGGUUUUGUUUUAUGUUUAUGUUGAGCUCAGUUUAAUCUCAAAUGCAAGUCGAAGUACUUCCUAAAAUGAUUGUCAAGACUGUAUUCCUAGUUUCUAUUUACAUUUUGGGACUGGAGGCUCAUGGAGUAUACAAAAUGUACGAUGUGCAACAACAAGGACCUUAUAUACAAUAUCCACUCAAUUAUGUGCCAAACAAUGGACAAUACCAAUAUAUGCAAACUAGGCAAUCACAUUCAGUGAGCUGUUGUUUACUUAAACAAUGUAGAAAUGGACAAUGUCGAGAAACUUUCACAUGUGGAAAAGGUUGUCCAGCUGUUUUCACACAACCUUCAACAAAUAUGGAAUUACCACACGUAGAACAACCAAAUACUCAAGACUUGUUUAAUUUAAUGAGAAACCCAGGAUUUGUUCAAGCAACACCCACAAAAGAUAAUCAACCAAAGCCUUCAGUUUCAUUCAAUUUUGAGACCAAUCCAAAUUUGAACCCGAACACUCCCAAACAAAACAAUCAACCAAAACCAUAUCCAAGCUUUGUUGAAACUAAGGACGACGUUCCCGAAACGCAAACCAUUCCAGGCAUCUUUGGAGAACCGACUCCACAAAAAACUACACCAAAACCCAAAGAAAAAGUUACAACUAAACCACCGAAGAAAGAAGAGUGCCCGAAACCAGAUGCGAUCCAAUUUCCGAAAGAGGACACCCAAGAUUACGGAGCAACUCCGGGAUACGAUAAAAAGAAAAGUUACGUGUAUGAUAAAUGUGACAAAGGGAAGUGCGAGAGAAUUGAAAAAAAAUGUGAUACGUGCCCGGAUCCAUUCGACCUUUCAUUUAGAUUGUACAAUGUUAAAAAGGAUUGUUUUAAUUGUUAUCACAUGCCCUGUGUGCCACCUAAAUAAUUUUAAUUGUUCUUUUUACACAAAAUAUAAU